AUGAGCAGCCAUGCCGAGCAAAGUCCCCGCUCUCUGGGUGGCGGACGCUUCCUCAGAGACCCUGGAGAUGGCGUCCGUUCCAAGUCUCAGAGCCCAUUUCGACUCUCCAUGCCUUCAAUAUCGCCCGGCCAGGUUGCCUUCUCCGCAAUGCAAUACCUGCCGGUCCCUGUCAUCAUCCUCAACAGCCUCAAGACUGUUGUACUCGCUAAUGAGGCCAUGGGAAGGAUGCUCGGUGUCAUCUCUGAUGAUAUGAGUGAUGAAGAUGUGUCGGUUGUGAUGGACAAGCUGCGCGGCCAGACCCUUUCCCAGGUGGGCAUCGACAUGAUACAGGAUGGUCGCCCCGUAUGGGUUACCUGGGAAGCUUUUCUAGACACCUUGGUCACUGAGGUCGGUGUACGACCACCAGCCUCGAAUCAGCAACGACGACCGUCCCAUUUCGAAGGUGGCGACGCCACCCCAACUGCUACCGUGGCCCUUGAUCAGGUGAAUGAACGGCCCAAGCCUAUCGAGCGACCGACUCAGGAUGCGACGGUAGAGGUUAUAAUUACGAGAAAAGACAUCACCAAGACCACCUUCAACAGCCGGUACAAGUCGAAAGAAUCCGAAUACCAUGCCUAUGCGAAGAUGAUCAUUACAAUCUGGGAGGUUGAAGACAGACAGACCUUUUUCACUCUGACCUUCACUAACACCCAGUCCGCUCCGUCGAUGCCCGUCAGCGGCAGAAGAGCCAUCGCUCGAUCCAGCAUCCUCGAAGCUGUCGACAAAAAGUCCAUCACCACCUCGAACCCGUCGUCUGUCGCCUCUAGCCGAGACUCUACCUCGCCCUUGUUCUACAGCCCGGGCGUCAUCACCAUGUCUUCAAGCCCGUUCCCUCCCAUGGGACCUCCGACCAUUGCUUCUCAUUCGCACACAAGCACCCCCUCGGUGCUGCAGAAGAUGAUUAGGAUGAAGGAUGCCCUCAUCGACAGUACGCAGAUGCCCGUCGUCGCCAUAUGGAAAGAUGGCAGCGUGAUUUUUCCGAACAAGGCUGCGAGGCAGCUCUUCCCCGUCGACGCCGAUCUCGACUCGGCCAGCGACGGGUUUCAUCUGCUACCCAAGUGGAAGGUGUGGAACGAAGACUUUACAAGGCAGCUGGAUGUCAGCGAGUAUCCAAUCUCCAUUCUGCUUCGGACAGAGACGCCCUUUGCCAGUAAGCGAAUAGGCAUGUACGCACGCGACGGACGGAAGAUUAUCUUUGACGUGCUGGGAGAAGGCAUAUAUGACGACACUACGCACGAGUUCCUCGCUGGCGUUGUCACUGGCCGCGAUGUGACAAUGAUGAGGGAAGAGAUCACCCACAUCAAGGAGCGUGACGAGGAGCGCUUCAAGGCCAUAUGCGAUGCUAUGCCCCAGCUAGUUUGGACGGCACGCCCUGAUGGGACCCCCGACUUUUUCAACACCAGAUGGUAUGCGUACAUGGGCUUGAACCGCCAACAGUGCGUUGAAAUAGACUGGCAAGCCUCCUUCCAUCCCGACGAUAGAGCCGAGGCUCUUGCCCGCUGGAAUCGCUCUGUGCAAACCGGAGAUGCCUUUGUCAUGGAAUACCGCUGUCUUAGCAAGGCCGGCGAGUGGCGGUGGUUCCUUGGCCGUGCCCUUGCCGUACGCGACAAAGAAACGGGCGAGAUUGAGAAGUGGUUCGGAACCUGCACCGACAUCCACGAGAGCAUGCAGACGAAACUGAGUGCUAAGCGUACUCGUCAGCAGCUGCUCAGCGUCAUUGCUCACUCGCACGUCACCAUUUUUACUGUUGACCCCGAUCGCCGCGUUACGAUGCUGGAGGGCGCCUUGAUAUGGAACAGCGCUUCUGAAGAAAACCAUGAAAAGAGCAGGUGGUAUGUUGGAGAGAACAUGUACACCGUCUUCAACCGGAUCGCCGAACGAGCGUCUGACAGGGAACGCCCAACAUGGCUUCGGCCGAUUGAGGACAUUCUCGAGGGACGGAGCAACGAGGAUGUAAAGGAACACGGACUCCAUGACCGCUGGUAUCGAACACGGUUCCACCCAAUGCUGGGGAAAAAGACCAAAGACGGCAUGCCUACCAAGGAGACGUGUAUUGAAGGAGUCAUUGGCGUUAUAAUGGAUGUUACCGAGCUCAAGGUGAGAGGAGAAGCCUUGCGGGAGCAAUCCAAGGAGAAGCGACGCGCAAUGGCAAACGAGGCUGCUGCCAAGGAGGCGACAAGACUGAAAAGCCAGUUCCUCGCCAACAUGUCUCACGAGAUCAGGACGCCCAUCACCGGAGUUCUCGGCAUGGCAGAGCUGCUGGGCGAUAUGGAGCUGACCAAGGAGCAGCGCGAAUAUGUCGACAAUAUCCAAAGCUCCGCUACGUCGCUACUCACGGUGAUCAAUGAUAUCCUGGAUUUUUCAAAGGUGGAAUCCGGCCGCCUGGACAUUGAAGAAGUCCAGUUCUCCCUCUCACACAUCGUGCAGGAUGUGAGGAAGAUGCUCAAGUUUGCCGUCGAGCGGAAGAAUCUGGAUUUCCUAUCUGAUGUUGGAAAAGACAUUGCCAACGAACGGAUCGUCAUUGGCGACCCCGGCAGGCUGCGGCAGAUCAUUACCAAUCUUCUCACAAACAGCAUCAAGUUUACGAACCAGGGAUAUGUGAGGUUCUCGGUUCUCAAAGAGCGCGAGACAGCUGAUACAAUCGAGGUUCGAUUCGUCAUUGAAGACUCCGGAAUUGGCAUUGAGGAGGAGGUAAAGAAAAAGCUCUUCAAGCCCUUCAGCCAAGGAGAUGCGUCCACUGCUCGCAAGUUCGGAGGGACUGGGUUAGGGCUUACUAUAUGCAAGAAUUUGCUGGACCUGAUGAAUGGUCGCAUCACGCUGGAGUCGAAUGUGGGAUCAGGAACCAAGGCAACGUUUUGGAUCCCCUUCAUGAAGCCCACGGAGGCCAGAGCUCCCACACUGGCGGAACCUGGCGCUAUUCCCGACCGACUUCAGUCUGAGCUGAGCCUAUCAUGCAAUAGUUCAGAGCAUGAACAGUUGGCGGCUUCGCAGGGCUCAGAUGGCAUGGCGAGCGGCUCUGGCGCCAAACCACGUUGGCCCGUAUCUACGCGGACGCCCCCUCCAGCUGAGCAGGAGCUGCCCCUGUCCGAACGAUCAAAACUGCACAUCUUGGUAGUCGAGGACAACCCGGUAAACCAGAAGAUUGCCACGCGUACCAUUGGAAAACUUGGCUUUCAGGUGUCUGCCACUUGGAAUGGCAAAGAAGCGCUGGACUACAUGAUUAGCGCCUCAAAGGGCGAGAAGAAAAUGCCAGACAUCAUCUUGAUGGACGUGCAGAUGCCCAUCAUUGAUGGCUACAAGUGCACCCAUCUUCUUCGACAUCAUCUUCCAUACAAGAGCCUGGUUCAGCAUGUGCCCAUUGUGGCCAUGACUGCGUCAGCAAUCCAAGGAGACCGCGAGAAAUGCACAAAAGCCGGCAUGGACGACUACCUCCCAAAGCCGGUGACGAUGAAGGUGCUGGAGAGGAUGCUGGUCAGAUGGUCGCUGACACGACGUCGCCCGCAAUCGGAGCCGCCAGCUUCUGAUUGCUCCGAGAUGGGCGAGCAUUGCGACAAUGCCGAUAUCCCACACCUCGGCAUUGAUGAAAGCGAUCCAUCUCCCCUGUCAGCGUCUGAAGAACUUCGCGCAAGCCCAAUAACGCCCCGGCCACUUACGGUCAACGGAGGAGAGGAGGAGCCCUCGCCGUUUGAGCAGGCCAUUGCGGUUGAAAUGUCGCCCCAGGUUCGCCGGCCUGAAGGCGAGCAGGAAUGGUCGAACAUGCUUCAUGGUACGAAGCUCAUUGAUGCGGCGGGAGGCGUACCGGCCGACCUCCGCAAGAAUUCUCUUCCCGAGUCGGGAGCAGGAGAAGCUCUGACUGAGGAGAAUGUCAACAAGCUGGAGAACGGGACACCAAGAUGA